CAGCACUCACAUGGGAUGUUGGUGUUGCCAACAGGCUCUAUCCUACCCCAAUACCAGCCUCUGGAAAUGUUUGAGCACUGGAUGUCUGAUUAUAUCAGGGCCACCCACAUGGCCUCAUAUCCUCCAUUCAAGUGUGAGUUGCUCAUGAGCUGGGACCAGGAAAGCCGCUGUAAUAGACUGAAGUACAGAGGUGGGCUUAGCACAGGAAAGGCCGAGAGCAGGGAUGUGGGAAGGGGGUUGUUGCACUGCCCCACUGGCACAGGCCCUCGGGAUGCUGACAUUGUCAGUAGGCAUCUACGCUCUGAAAACUGGUAUCAGUCUCAUUACCUUCAUAUAAGUUCAUCAGAAUUUUACUUGUGUUUAUUUACACAUUGUUUUGGUCUCCACAGAUAUAAAAGUGCUAGAAGGAGUUAUGCUUGUUCAUUUUAAGAAAUGAUAUAAUAAAUAAGGACUGAAUACAAGUAAUUUCAUUUAAUUAAGAACUGAACACAAAGAGUUAAUGCAAAGUAAACCAGGGAGGUUUCGUAGGACUAGUAGGCUCACUUUAGAGGCCACUUGAACCCUGAGUUCAAAGGACCUUGAUGCAAGACUUUUAGCUCUCCGAGGCAGAGAUUUCCUGGCAUAUUUGUAUCCUGCACAGUUCCCUUCUGUGUUUUUGAGAAAUAUUAGUCAAGUUGAAGAAUUAGCAGACCUUGUUAUCCUAGGUGUACAUGCAGCCAAUGCUUUUGGCUCACGGUAAUGAAAAGGAGCCCUCUGAAAGUAACUUCUCUGCUUCUUCUCUGAUUGUCUCCUUUAGGAGUGAGCCAUGACGUUUUCUUAUUGAUGUUUGCAUGACCUGAACGCUUGCCAGGUUGACAAUAGCUGGCAGUAGCUAAAGGCUGUUUGCCACAUGUGACUCAUCAGCCCAAGCUUUUAGGUUAAUUUGACUAAGAUCUGACCUGACCAACUGAACUCCCACAACUGUUCAAGGAAAAAGGACCAAGUGACAUAUAGAGCAAGAUGAACGCCAUGCUGGAGACGCCGGAGCUCCCGGCUGUGUUUGAUGGGGUGAAGCUGGCUGCGGUAGCUGCUGUUCUGUACGUGAUUGUCCGCUGUUUGAAUCUGAAGAGCCCCACAGCUCCACCUGACCUCUACUUUCAGGACUCAGGGCUGUCACGCUUUCUGCUGAAGUCCUGUCCUCUUUUGACCAAAGAGUACAUUCCACCAUUGAUCUGGGGGAAGAGUGGACACAUCCAGACGGCCUUGUAUGGGAAGAUGGGCAGGGUGAGGUCACCACACCCCUACGGGCACCGGAAGUUCAUCACCAUGUCUGAUGGAGCCACUUCAACUUUCGACCUCUUUGAGCCCUUGGCUGAGCACUGCGUUGGAGAUGAUGUCACCAUGGUCAUCUGCCCUGGGAUUGCCAAUCACAGCGAGAAGCAGUACAUCCGAACCUUUGUUGAUUAUGCCCAGAAAAAUGGCUAUAGGUGUGCUGUGCUGAACCACCUGGGUGCCCUGCCUAACAUUGAACUGACCUCGCCACGCAUGUUCACCUAUGGCUGCACGUGGGAGUUUGGAGCCAUGGUGAACUAUAUCAAGAGGAUGUAUCCCCUGACCCAGCUGGUGGUGGUGGGCUUCAGCCUGGGUGGUAACAUCGUGUGCAAAUACCUGGGAGAAACUCAGGCAAACCAGGAAAAGGUGCUGUGCUGCGUGAGCGUGUGCCAGGGGUACAGCGCACUGAGGGCCCAGGAAACCUUCAUGCAGUGGGACCAGUGCCGGCGCUUCUACAACUUCCUCAUGGCUGACAACAUGAAGAAGAUCAUCCUCUCCCACAGGCAAGCCCUUUUUGGGGACCACGUGAAGAAACCCCAGAGCCUGGAGGACACAGACUUGAGCCGGCUCUACACGGCAACCUCCUUGAUGCAGAUUGAUGACAACGUGAUGAGGAAGUUCCAUGGCUAUAACUCCUUGAAGGAAUACUACGAGGAGGAAAGCUGUAUGCGGUACCUGCACCGGAUUUAUGUGCCUCUCAUGCUAGUCAACGCAGCCGACGACCCAUUAGUGCAUGAAAGUCUGCUGACCAUUCCGAAAUCUCUCUCAGAGAAACGGGAGAACGUCAUGUUCGUGCUGCCCCUGCAUGGGGGCCACCUGGGCUUCUUCGAGGGCUCCGUGCUGUUCCCCGAGCCCCUGACGUGGAUGGAUAAGCUGGUGGUAGAGUACGCAAAUGCCAUCUGCCAGUGGGAACGGAACAAGUCGCAGUGCUCCGACACGGAGCAGGUGGAGGCCGACCUGGAGUGAGGCCUCGGACUCCUGCGCGGCUCCAGCAGCCCUCCUCUGGAACCCGCGUCCCCUCACCCGCUAUUUCAGGUCUCCCAUUUCCCUCCAUGACCUGGAUCUGACCUCACCAUCAGCGGGGAGGGGCCCACCCACCACGCACGUCUUCAAUAGGCGGCUCUCUGGGAGCUCCAGGCUAUUUUUUGUGCUUAGUUACUGGUUCCCUGUGUUGUAUCAUUAGCCAUGGUGACAAGUGACAGGUUCUCACCCUCCUGUCCAGUUUCAGCAUCUGAUUGCUUUCGAGCCAAUGACAUCUAGUUUCCCUAUUAAAAAUGUGUGUGAAUAGCACUUUUGCUUUGCCAGUCAAAAGGCUUUUCCCAGAGAGCAGUCUGACAAAUGCUAUUUGGUGGUGGUUGUAUGUGCCUGCACGUAGACUCAGAGAUCAUUCUAAGCCAGCACUGAAGGCACACCCCCAUCUGGGAGUCUGGGGGUUCUCCCAGUGUGCGGCCUCUUAAACGAGAAAGGAAAUUCCCACAAGUCAUAAGCCAAGUUUUCCCCCCUUACUGCUGCUAAGGCAGUUUUCCCUCACCUUGCUGCUGAUGGAGAGUCCCAUGGGGCACUUGUUAAAAAUUCAGCCUCCCAGGUCCUUCCCCUUGGAGAAGCUGAGGCGGUGAGUCUGGGGAGGGGUCUGGGGAUUUUAAUGUCUGACCAGUGCCCCAGGCGGCUGUCAUCACCAGAUCCAUAGGAAAAGCCCUGUUGUAUAGCCCCUCUACCUUAGAAACAUCUUGGUAGCUGAUCUUUCUUGAGUCACGGUCACAAGUGUCUCUUCACUCCCAGGGACCUGCUGAGUAGCAGGUGUAGAGUCUCCAGACAGGCCCUGGAUACGAAUGAACCCUGGCUCUGCCUCUUCGUGGCUAUAUGACCCUGGAAAAGUCCUCUCAGACUUUCAACUUCCUUACCUGUAGUGUGAGGGACUUGGACCAGGUAGAUUGCCGAGACAACUACUACUAAAGUUCAAAUGACAAACUCAGUGUACUGAGGUUUGAGAGAACAUCACUCCAGGGGAGCCUGGGGACUAUUCUCCCAGGCAAAGCAUGUGGGUGACAUCGUUUGCCUUUCUUCUGUAGUCCCUCAUUUCAUAUUAAAAAGUUUUGGGGAUUUUUUUUUUUAAGCAAUUGUAACUUUAGUGUUUUAACCCAGGUCUCUCUGUCUGUGGCUUUUGAUACCAGUCAAUUCAAAAGUUAGAUUUGAGUUUAGAGAAAAAUACUUGCAACCAAAAGAUAUGACUUGGAGACCAGAUUUCUAAUAACUCUAUAUUUGUGGAAUAUUGGGUAGAUCUUUCCCAUUCUGGGUUCUAAGUAUUCCUUUUCUGCAAACCUGUGGCUUAGCUCUCUAAAAACCCUACACUUUGAAAAAUCCACAGCUGCUGUCUGAAACUGAGCAGACCCAUGGGUGAAACUGCCUGGAUCCUGAUAAAAUCCAUGUGUCACCUUUGGCUCCACAACAGGCUGCAAGAGAAAUAGUGGGUCUGUGUGGAUGUGUGGGAAUCAGAGGAUCUGCCUGAGACCCAGACGGUCACGGGUGGGUAUAGUUUGGACUCUGUCGCCUCGAGAAAUUGUUUUCUGGCAAUCACCAGAUCUUCCUUCUAACAUGAAACAACAGCCAUUUGUCUCAAAAGAUUGAGAUAUCUGUCAUCUCAACUAAUUUACUUCAGUGUGUCAUUUCUCACACCCACCAAAUCCUGUCUCCGUGACUUUCCCCCGAGUUGCUAUUUCUCUCCUGUGUUUCUUUUUCAUAUUCCUUCAGCACAGAUUGGCACUUUAUCACCUACCCCUUGAUUUGGAAGCCAGUGCCUCUCUGUUACUUUUCCCUCCACCCAAACACACUUGUAAUCUAGAAAACUCAUAGUCCUGUUUCCUCCUGUUAACAUUCAUUCCUGUGCAAAUAGUUGAACCAAGCAAUAACUUAGUAGAAUUGAAUCACUGUCCCAGGAAGUGAGAGACUUGUUUUCAUUUGCCUGAGGCCACGUGUCUUGAACUAUUCUGACAGAAGCUACCCAGGUACCGGAAGGGGAAUGGCGGUCCUGUAACACACCCGUGGCAGGGGACUGGGAGUCCUUGAGCGAGCCUGGUCUGCAUUGUUCCGAUGACCCCCACACAGGAGAGGCAGGGCUGGGGGCGUAGCCUCUGCUUCCUCAAUGCCAGAAUGUCCCUGCAGGGCUGCGAGGGCCGCGUCCCAGCUGAAAUCCCUGUGUGGCUCUGAAAAGCACUGACGUCCCAUCUUGGCUCACAUGACAUCAACGGAAGCCCUUUGUUUGCACGUCAGGCUCUCGGGCCUGGAAAUGAGAAAGUGACUGUGUCUGUCUUUCAGGAAAAUCCUUGGUUGUCCCUGAAUGAAAACACAGAGACAUUGAAUUCAGGGAUGCCAACUUGUCUAAUCAACGAGGGAGUGGCACCGUUCAUGUAGGUCAGCUCCUUUCCGUCCUCCACUUCCUUGCUUUGCCCCCCCACCAAGGUCAUCCAUUUCUGAUGCUACUAUGAAUGCCCUUUUUGCUCUUUGUUCCUAAUUGGGGUAAAAUAAGAUUGAGGUUUGUUUUUUCUUUUAAGGGUGUUUGGAAAUAAUAUUUUGAAAUCAUAUUAAAGAUAUAAAUUACAUAGUCUAGACAGUUUGUUGUAUAAAUGACCUAGCACAAAGACGGGGACGACACCCACGGUUCUCCAGCUGGACCCUCUCUCCUAAACAGUCUGAAGCCACUGAUGAGACACUCAUCCCAGGCACAUGAGGAAUUUCUGACUUUAAAAUUUAGUGCCAGUUCUCCUAGCCGCAUGUAUGUUAGAAGGGAGUGUAGCAGACUUGAAAAAAAAAAACCCUCUCUUUCCUGCUGGGCGAUUGCACCCAGUGAUUGCA